UCGGACUAGAGAUCUUGGUUGAUUUUAGCGGUAAACUUUUACGCGCGUCACAAAAUUAUUUUCACACUCAACCCAGAUUCCCCACAACUUGAUUGCAUUCAUUGCGAUCAAAUUCCAUCCGAUUUGGUUUAAAUUGCACACAAUGGCUGCUGGAGUUGCGAAAUACAACAUCUCAAAACUGAGUUCGCAUCUCACCAACAUUGUGGUCGUUGGAGUCAUCAUUGCUAGACAACAACCACGGGUUUUCGGGAACAAAAAAUGUCCCAAUGGCCAGUCAUCAACUGACAGAGCUGUAUUUAAUUUGACUUUAAGAGACUCGCCAAGUGAUUGCAUCAAUGUAUCACGUUGGGGAACCGUCUCUGCGAUUGGACAAGAGGCUGAAAACUUCCACAUCGGGGAUAUAGUGGAAAUUUUCAACGCCCGAGUCAGCGUUCGAAACGAGGAAAGUGGCAAAUUCCAACCUUUCACCUCGAGUGCCUACAAUUUGGUGGUGUCCGACGAUGGACAAAUCAAUCCCUUCACAGCUGACCCCGCUGCUUACAAAUCACUUCUGCACGUCCCUACGCGUCCUGCCCAUGACUACACUAUUUUGUCACUGGUCGACACCAAGGAGGGUAAGGAGCAUCUUCCCAAAGCAGAAAACUUUCUUGUCUCAGUCAUCAAGGUAGAGCCCGUGCAAGUGAUUAAUACAAAGGACAACCGGGAAGUAAGAAAGCAGUUAGUCCGCCUUCUGGAUUUUACUGCGAAAGCGGUUCCAAUUGAAAUUUGGGAUCCAGAGUAUCUUCGAAUGGCGGCUGAAUGGAAGCCUCGAGAGACAGUUUUGUACAUCGCGGACGGCUUGGUCAAAUGGGACGAGUUCAAGCAGUGCAAAGUCAUUUCUGUCAACAGCAGCACCCUAAUUACUGAGAACCCAAAUGUACCUGAAGCCAUGGCCCUCAGACACUAUGCCAAAAGCGUGCCAAUCAGUUUCAGUGAACUGGUCCACAGCAUGAGCAACAAGCUGCCAGACUUGAACUCCAUCACUAACCAAAUGUCGGUGCAGCAAGCAAAAGAGAAGAUUGAGGAAGGAGAGACCUUCACAGCCGUGAUUAAUGCCUUCCUCAGCAAGCUCAACAUUGACGAGCCCCAAAAUGCCGUCAGCUUGCGAUGCUGGCAUUGCCAUCAAAUCCGAAAACACGACGAGAACAUUUGCGUGAGCAGCGACUGCGUGGGAAAAGAGCAAGUCUUUUCGGCCACCUUCAAUGUGCUCGCCUCGAUCACAGAUCGAACAGGAACUUUGGAAAAUAUUCGUCUCGGAGGGAGAGCUGCAGAUCAAAUCCUUGGGAUUGAUGCCGAUGUCUUCCUGGAAUUGGAUGAAAAGGAAGUUGCCCAGGUCAAGCAGAAACUGCUGCUGGAAAAAUGGGAUAUGAAGAUUUGGGUUCAGCUAAGCCAGACUCAACGACCAGCUGUGACCUUGCUGAGUUGUGAGAAACCAAACCCUCACGAAUCGUCAGCCAGAGGCAUCGCCAUGAUGUAGAAUCCAAUUUGAAUUUGAAUAAUAGCUGUGUUCUUCAGAUAGAGGCGACCUUCCUGCUUGACGGACUGAUAGAGACUGACAGCGUCCAAGCUGGGUUGUCUCCUUCUACGUCUUCAUCGAAACUGCAUCACCACAACCCGAAUGAGGCUCGAAUAAUUCUCCGCUUUAGCUAGCGCGCUCUGGUUUUUUCUUCUGCUACGUUUUAUUCCAAGAGCCACAAGGCCCACGCCACCUUUAAAGCUCGCUUCAAACUAGAGCGUUCAUCGGGAGAGCAAAACUGUUCCCACUCCUGUCUUGCUCCGUAUCCAAACUCCCGGUUUUGACCCGCCUCCCAAGAAUUGGUGGCCACUCGCUAUAAUUUUUCUUUUUGCUUUCGCAGCAAGAAAACAAUUCUAAAAACAUUGGAGGGUAUUACGGGAAACUCCGGAGUCCCGCUAGCUCCCGAUGAACGCUCAAAUAUGAAUAAAUCAAUUAUUGUUGAUAAAAUCAUCGAGUCAUUGCUUUUAACUCCUAAUAUUAUUGAUUGUUGUUCUUACUUUUCUAAUAAAUAUGAAUGUAUUUAAGUGAAGGCUAUCAAAAGACUGACGAUGUAUACCAAUAUCUAAGUCAUUAGUGCUGUGUUUGACCAUUUUGUCUAGAUAUUCAUAAUUUCGGUUAAAAUUAGUUGCAGUUGAUAAUAAAAUAAGGUAAAUUCAAUGUUAAA